AUGUCCAGCAAACGUGCCAAAGCCAAGACCACCAAGAAGCGCCCCCAGCGCGCCACCUCCAACGUCUUCGCCAUGUUCGACCAGUCACAGAUCCAGGAGUUCAAGGAAGCCUUCAACAUGAUCGACCAGAACCGUGACGGCUUCAUCGACAAGGAGGACCUGCACGACAUGCUGGCUUCCCUCG